AUGGAAAAAGAAGUCGAAAAGAUUCCGCCGAUCAAUAGUUCCGACGGUGAAGACAAUGAUGACGACGACGAAGACGAUGAUGAAGAGAAAAAAGUUUCUUACGAGGGUGCUUAUGAUCCGCAAGACUACGAAUCGUUGAAUGUAUCGCAAGAAUUGAAAAAUAUAUUCAGUUAUAUAACAUUAUAUUCGCCGCAAACUAUUGAAUUGGAAACCAAACUCAUGCCCUUUAUUCCCGAUUUUAUUCCCGCUGUCGGCGAUGUCGACGCUUUCAUCAAAGUGAGAAGACCCGAUAAUAAAGAAGACACGUUAGGCCUAACAGUUUUAGAUGAGCCGAGCGCUACCUCGCAAUCGGAUCCGACUCUAAUGAGUCUCAAAUUGAAAGCCAUUUCCAAAGAUAUCAAAGUAUCUGAUGAAUUGGAUACUUUGGUAAAGACUGCUAACUCAGCCAAAGAUAUUGAUUUAUGGAUUGAUAAUAUCAAUCAUUUGCACGAAACAACUGCCAGUACGUCGACAUCGGUAACACUCUUACACAGCCAUCGGUUGCCAGACAUCGAGCAACUGAUGCAAGAAUGGAGUGAAGAGUUCGAAGCCUCACUUAAUGUCAACUCAUUGCCGACACCUGAUCUCGAUUGUUCUCUCGAGGAUUAUAUCAAUAUUAUCUGUGCAAUUUUGGAUAUACCGGUACAUUCAUCGAAAAUAGCAUCAUUGUAUUUUAUUUAUUUACUCAAAUAA